GAGGUACCCGGUUCCAAUCUCUACUUAAGCCUCCAUCUUCCCAACUGUAUUUGUCCAAAUGCAUACUUCAUCUACUUCAUUAUAUAUAUAUACAGUUAUCUAACACCCCCAUCUUCACCUCCUCUCAUCCAUUACUCUCUCAGCCUCCAAUCUUUUGUCAAUACCCCGACACCAGAGAGACAACUUUACAAGAGAGAUCACGAGACUCAUCUCACCAUCCAUCCAUCAUGCCCGUCGUAUCUGAACCCAUCACGGGAUUAACUCGCACACAUGCAUAUGGCUUCUUCUCCAAAAUACCUACUCCCUACCUGUUCCUCAGCGGAAUCGUUUUUCUUUGCAUCACAAUCUUCAUACGGAGGAAACGCUGUCCUACAACAAAAGUACAAUACCAUUUCCCACCAAGUCGUCCUUCUACCCCUCUCCUCGAAAAGUCCGAUAUGAAUAUCUUUUCAUACAGGGAUGAAACCCCAAAAUUGGAUACCGACAACCUCGCUCUCUCAAGAACCUCCUCGUCUUCUUUCGAUUUCACUACCUCCCCCUCCUCAAUCUCCAGCUCUCCAAAAACAUUUUCUCGUCCCCCGCCACCACCUCCCUUCACGCCACCCUCGCCCCUCGAACCUCUCCCCUACUUUCCCAUCCACGGAGGUGGAAGCGGCUCCGCUCCCCCCACCGAAAUUCCCCCCCGUCGUCGCUCCUACACCAAGCCUCCCAACCCCCUCACCAACACCCCUGUCGUAAACGGCGAGAUAAUUUCCGGCGAUGGCUGGCGUCGCCACACGCGCGUGUUUGGGGGCGGAGUAUGUGAGGCAUGUGCCGAGAGCGAGAGGAGAAUGAGCGCGUGACUAUAUGAGCGGGGCUCGAAUAAUAGUAAUCUGAAGAUUUCGAAAGGGAAUGGAGAGAUAAUCAAGGGAUCCUGGGAGCCUGUUACUAUUGGUGGGUUUGAGAAUGGAAGGGCGAUGGUUUUGGAAGAGGAAGAGGAGAAUGGUGGCGAGCGAGAGAUGAAGUGGAUGAAAGAAUGAGAAGAUAGAGGCGGAGUUGCAGUUAUGGGACUGGAUUGUUCAUUGAUGUGAAAAGAGCGGAGACUUCAGGAUUCAUACGCAGAUGCGGGGAUCAUGCAGCUGCACGACAGGUGAACGGAGCGACUUCACGUGAUUUGUGAAAUCAAUGGGAUGAAAUUCUCAUGACAGAGCCAUCAAAAAGAGAGUGGGAAGAAAAAAAGACAUGAAAAAGGUAGGAAAUCGUGGAAAUCAAGAUAAAGGAUUCGAAAUGGAUAGUUGUGUGCGUUUAUCGUCCAUCAUCUCCUAGGUAUUCACAGGCGUUAAUUGAUAGGUCACCUGCGAAGGAGGUUUGCUUUGGAUUUUCUUGGUUCUGCUAUGGAAGGAAGGAUGGAUGAAUGAAUGAAGUUAUUUACUAUAUCACUAAAAUACGUUGUUGGCGAAACCAGCUUUGCCGCUUAGAUAAUUUUGUACUGUGGAUGGAUAAGGAAUUAUGAGGUUAAUGAAUGCAAGUUUUCUUUCGCCA